AUGGACCAUUUGUCAGUCAACCUGCUACAGGCUGCUUUCAUACUUUUGACGUUAUACUUGCUCUUUGGAAUGGCUCGCUCCGCCUGCCAAGGAAUUCGGCCGCUGCUAAACUGGCUUCUGACUCCUGAUGAUAAGGGAUCAACUGGCACAUCGAUUUCUUUUUCUUCACAACCUCAGCUUUUGGUCAUGCCUCAACAUGUGGAAACAAGCUAUGUGUCUUCUGAACCGAGGGACAUAAACCUAUGGCAACGGUUGAAGAUGGAAAACGGAGUAGAAAUAGUUGGGUGCAUCAAAGGCGAUAUAACACAGGAAGAGCUCCUCUUGAGUAAGUCAUUUUCAAAAAAUCCCAAUUUUCUAAAAUGA